AUGCGCUCGCGUGGUUCUUACGUACUUGCUCGGCUCGAGCAGUUCUUCGACGACACGAUCGUCCUGGCGAGCAGAAAUGGAGAGCUUCCUGUCGUUGAAGCGCUGCGCGAGUAUGCCAGUUACAUCGCCCUCACGGAAAGCUUUUUCGAAGCUGUUCGCUGGUACUCACUGGUCCGCGACCACCGGGAAAUCGUGCGUCUGCUCGCAAGCAAUAUCAGCGCAGAGGCGUUGGUUCAAGCGAUCACCCGAUGCGUCUCGCCCAGUCGUGCUGGAAUGGACGCUGUGCGCGUGCUCUCGAAUCAGCUGAUGCUGGCCAUCAACGAGUUCGCGGCAUCCGUCAUCGACGAAGACCCCCGCGGGUUUGUUAUCAAUCCCGUGCUUGAUGAAGAAAUCAUCGAAGCGGGCAGAACUGGGGCGAUUCAAACGGGUGGGAUGCGAUGGAAGGAGCCAAUGAUGCGCUGGCGCUGGAAGAUGGAGCACACCCGAGACUUCGGCUGUCAAUUGCUGGUUCGCUUCACCCUCCAGGACGAGAAAGAACCAGAUGAGAACGGCAUUGUGGUUGACGCGCAGUUCACCCCUAACUCUGCAACUUCUGCAACAGGAGAUGGCGCGUUGCAGUGCGUGUUCCCAGCCGCGCUUCCAGGGUUCUACGAGCUCGAGGGCAAAAUCAUCGCGCACGACUCGAACGCGGCCAUCCAGCCUAUCUGGCCGAACCCGUACUCGCUGCAGAUGGUGGUCGACAACGCACCCUUCGGCAUGUCCGUGAGCUACCCGUAUCGCAACCGCUUCAGCGGCAGCAGCUCCGGAAACAACGGCGCCGUCAAGUUCUACGCGCACGGCCAGGUCCGCGAGUUCAUGUUUUCUGCCGUCGAGAUGCAGCAGAAGCCCAACUUCCAAGUCGUGGACUGGGCCGAUCAAGGCAUGGUGUACACGUCCAUGAAGUACUCGGGGCUCACCCCGCGCCUCGUGUCGAGUGCUGCGACCUCCAGCGUCAACGGCCAGCCGCUUGGUGGACAAGUGCGCGGCUCCAAGUUCGUGAUCGCGUACAACUCCGGCCAGAAGUGGGUGAUCUACGCACUCUCGAGCGACGGUCGCAUGGAAGACUGCUCCGUUGGUCUGCUGCACUUCGCGAUGAAGCACCAGGUCGAGUCCAUCGACACGAGCGCCGGGGCCCGCAAGGCUUUCACGACGCCGGGCGGCUCGGCCGACCCUGUGUGGGAGAUCAAGGAGACCCAGCCCGUACCCGAAGACUUCUACCCGGCCCGCAAGAUCGCGUUUGCCGUGGCUCAGCAGCAGCGCGUCCUCGACCACCUGCGCGAAGACAUCAACGCCGCGUGGUCCAUUCCGCUUGACGGCAGCUACUACUUCAACGGCAAGGCUGCCCAGAAGUACGCCUCCUUGUGCUUGAUCGCGAACGACGCGGUCGUCAUCUACGGCGGCAUCGUGAGCUCGCAGGGCUUGAAGACCAAGGACCUUAACUCGGACUUCGGCAACACCAUGUACAACGACCACCACUUCCACUACGGCUACUGGGGCAAGGACCAGGAGAGCACGUCGGAGGACGUCAACUUCGCCUUCGGCAUGUACAUGUUCGGCAAGGCGACCAACAACGCGGCGCUUGAGGCCGUCGGCAAGCUCAUGACGCGCGUCAACGCUCACGCCAUCAAGGCGUACUUCCUCAUCGAGGACGCCAACCAGAUCCACCCGACCAACUUCCGCCUCAACAAGGUCACGGGCAUCUUCUUCGACAACAAGUUCGUCAAGGAGGAGUGGGAGCAGGUGCUGAACAAGGAGACGAUCGUCACGCGCGAGGACACGUGGCUCUCGCUGCUGUACGCCAGCUUCGCCAUGGUGGACAAGCAGCGCGCGCUGGGUGUGCUGCAGAAGGCCAAGAUGGACGACGGCCUCUCGCGCUCCUGGGCGCUCUACAUGGCCGCCAGCUUCGCCGAGUGA